GGAUCUCCCAAGAUGUGCCUCAACUACGAGGUGCGCGUGCUGUGCUGCAAGACCCCUGAAGGCUGCCCCCUCUCCUCCAUGAUCCCGUACGUGACUUCACCCAGCAAGACCUCAUUUCUGGCACCGUCCUCUUCUGCCCCAUGGUGGCCCAGCUCUACAGCUUCCUCUCAUCGAAGCUGCUUCUGCAGUGUUUCUGGCCAGCUCUACCGCGCGGGAUCUGUCAUUUACCGCCAGACAGACCUCACUGGCCACUGCUAUCAUGCCCUGUGCAACCAGGACUGCCAAGUGAUCAGAAGGGUGGACCAGGACUGUCCCUCCACCACGCCGCCCCCCACUCCAGCCACAACCUCUGUGGGGACCUCCACCUUUGCUCCUGUCACUACAGGGGGUUGCCCAAAUACAAUUCCCCCGAGAAAGAGAGGCGAGACCUGGGACAUGCCCAACUGCUCUCAGGCCACCUGCGAAGGCAACAACACCAUCACUGUGAGACCCCGCAAGUGCCCCCAAGUGAAGAAACCCACCUGCGCCAAUGGCUACCCGGCUGUGAAGGUGUCCAGCCAAGACGGCUGCUGCCAGGACUACCAUUGCCAGUGUGUGUGCAGUGGCUGGGGUGACCCCCACUACAUCACCUUCGAUGGCACCUACUACACGUUCCUGGACAACUGCACCUACGUGCUGGUGCAGCAGAUCGUGCCUGUGUACGGCCAUUUCCGUGUGCUCAUCGACAACUACUUCUGCGACGCCGAGGACGGGCUCUCCUGUCCCCAGUCCAUCAUCGUGGAGUACCACCAGGACCGGGUGGUGCUGACCCGCAGGCCAGUGAACGGGGUGAUGACCAACCAGAUCAUCUUCAACAAGAAGGUGGUGAGCCCUGGCUUCCAGAAGAACGGCAUUGACGUCUCCCGCAUUGGCAUCAAGAUGUACGUGACGAUCCCAGACAUCGGCGUCCAGGUCAUGUUCACCGGCCUCAUCUUCUCGGUGGAGGUGCCUUUCAGCAAGUUUACCAACAACACCGAGGGGCAGUGCGGCACCUGCACCAACGACAAGAAGGACGAAUGCCGCCUGCCCGGGGGCAUGGUGGCCACUUCCUGUUCCAAGAUGGCCAGCCACUGGAGGGUGGCCAACCCUGACCAGCCAUAUUGCCUCGGGACUUCCCCCACGCCCACCACCACUGGGCCCACCCCGGUUGAGCCCACAACCACGCCUACCACGUGCCCGCAAGCGCCGAUCUGCCAGCUGAUCCUGAGCAAGGUCUUCGAACCGUGCCACGCAGUGAUCCCCCCGCAGCCGUUCUAUGAAGGCUGUGUCUUCGACCACUGCCACAUGAACGACUCAGCGGUGGUGUGCUCCAGCCUGGAGCUGUACGCCUCGCUCUGCACGUCCUCCGGCGUCUGCAUCGACUGGAGGGACCACACCAAUGGCACAUGCUUGUUCACCUGCCCUGCUGACAAGGUGUACCAGGCCUGUGGCCCAUCCAACACCUCGUACUGCUACAGAAAUGACAGCACCAGCCUCCUGGUUCUUCAGGAGGCUGGCACCCUCACAGAAGGCUGCUUCUGUCCCGACGGCGAGACCCUUUUCAGCACCAGUAUCAACGUCUGCGUGCCCCAGGCCUGCAGCUGGUGCCUGGGGCCCCACGGAAGGCUGGUAGAGCCAGGCCACUCCAUCAGCGACGGCUGCCAGGAGUGCACCUGCGAAGGGGGCUCUCAGACCACGGCCUGCCGCAGAAAGUCCUGCCCGCUGCCCCCCGCCUGCCCCCUGCCCGGCUUUGUGGCAGUGCCUGCAGCCCUGCUGGCCAACCAGUGCUGUCCCCAGUACAGCUGCGCCUGCAACGUCAGCUACUGCCCCAAGCCUGCGGACUGUCCUGAGGGCUCAAACCAGGUGCUGACAUAUGAGGAGGGGACCUGCUGCCCAGUCCAAUACUGCAACUGGACGGCCUGCAGUGUCAACGGGACUCUGUACCAGCCUGGCGCUGUGGUCUCCUCUAGCCUGUGCGAGACCUGCAGGUGUGAGGUGCCCGGUGGCCCCUCGUUGGAUGCGUUCGUGAUCAGCUGUGAGACGCAGAUCUGCAACACCCACUGCCCCCUGGGCUUUGAGUACCAGGUGCAGCGUGAGCAGUGCUGCGGGGCCUGCGUGCAGGUAGCCUGCGUCGUGAAUGCCAGCGGUGACCCCAUGCACCUCUUCUAUCCUGGUGAGACCUGGUCAGACUCUGGGGACAGCUGCGUAACCUACGAGUGUGAGAAGGAGCAGGACGGGCUCGUGGUGAUGACCACGAAGAAGGCGUGUCCUGCCCUCAGCUGCCCUCGGGACCAGGCCACACUGAGCGAGGACGGCUGCUGCCUCUCCUGCCCCACGCCCCUGCCCGGGUCGACCUGCGCCGUGUACUACAAGCAGCAGAUCUUCCAGCAGGGGAGCUGCAGCUCCGCCCAGCCCAUGCGUCUCGCCUACUGCCAGGGCAACUGUGGGGACACCUCCUCGAUAUACUCCCUGGAAGCUAACACGCUGCAGCACAAGUGCCGGUGCUGCCAGGAGCUGCGGACCUCGCUGAGGAACGUGACCCUGCAUUGUGCCGACGGUUCCAGCAAGGCUUUCAGCUACACCGAGGUGGAGGAGUGUGGCUGCCUGGGCCUGCAGUGCCACUCAGAGGAGCCGGAGCUUGAGCAGAGCAAAGAAGGACAAAGCUAG